GUGCGUAUGAUCUUACUCAGCACACCAAAGCCUCGAAAACGAAGCUUUGUGCCGAAAAAAGCUUGCCGGAACCUGUGAUGGUCGAUGUACUCAAGGUGACACCAAAUAAGCAACUGCUCGGAAAGACGUUUAAAGCCAAAGCAAAGGUUGUUCUUGAGAAGAUCGAAAGUUUGGAUAAGGAGGAAGGAAAGAGGCUGAAAGAAGAAUUGGAGACGAGCGGG